CAACCCUCACCCACUCUCUCCCUCACUUCCUGCGGCCAGCACCCUCCAAGCAAGAGCAAAGAAUCCUCCAUCAUUCUCCUCCAUUGUUGAAGAGAGCUUUACAAGAAAGAAUACCAAGAAAAGGAGCUAAAGUGCUAAAAGUGUGAAAGGAUUAAGGAACUUGAUAUAAAGUAUCUUUGAGCUUCGCCGGAGUUUCGCCGGAGUUGGUCAAAGUUGGCCGGAGUUGGUCAAAGUUCACCGGAAUUAGUCAAAGUUCAACCGCGGAGCGUAGAACACGCUUAAGCUCACUUAAGUUUCAGGUAGGGAGUAGAGCUUGCUACUACCGCUCGUUGCUUCGGGGAAUUCAAGGAGGAAGGCGUGAAAUGGAGCCAACCGGAAGGGUCACUAGGAGGAACCCGACGGGCCGUGUACCGGAUGGAUCCGAGCGCGGUAGCCGGGGGUCCACUAGGGGAUCAAGAGGAAGGGGCCGUGGAGGCCAACGUCAAACCGUGAGCGAUGGCCACGUCGACACGGAGAGUGAGACCUAUUGGUCUUAUGAGGACUCAACCUACCGGCCGGAAACUGAGCCGGUUGAGACCCCUUAUGAAGGGGAUGAUGAUGAUGUGAGCGACGAGGAGGAAAGUGGCUCCUUGGCUCGGAUCGAAGCGCUGCUCCAACAAUAUCAUCGGGAGCGCGAGGAAAGGAGGGAACGCCGAAGGCGCCGUGCAGGGCAACCUUCGGGUGGGGCUCCAAGAGGAAGGAGCUAUUGUGAUUCAAGAACCCAUGUGGAAGCGCAUGGGAGUCGAGGCGAUGGAGGUCCAACCAUAAGGAUCUCCAAAUACAUCAAAGAGGCAAGGGACUUGGGGUGCAAACCGUUCGAUGGGACGGGGGACAUCUCGGUGGCCGCGCAAUGGAUCAAGAGGCUGAACGAGGCAGCCCUGGACAUGCAACUCACCCCCGAUUUCAAACUGAGGAUCGCGGUGAGGUUACUUGAAGGGUUGGCAUCCAAGUGGUGGGAUGGAACCAAGGGCAAGUAUGGAGGGAAUGUUACUUGGGAGGAUUUUCGGCAAGAAUUCUUUGCCCAAUACUACUCUGACUUUGAGGUAAAUGCCAAGGUGAGAGAAUACACUCUUCUAACCCAAGGGGGUAACAUGACGGUGAAAGAACUUGAGCACAAGUUCAGGGACCUUGCCGACCACAUACCGGAGUAUGCUUGUGAUGAAAACCGAAUGGUGAAUCACUUUUGGGAGGCCUUGGACUUGGAGAUACGUGAUAGGGUGACUCAAUUGCCCAACAUGACUUUCAGCCAAGUGGUUGCCCAAGGGUUGAAAGGAGAGAAGCAAUGGGAAGAGAGAAAGAAGAGAGACGCCGAUGAGGCGAAGAAGAGGAAGUGGGAGAACCAUGGCCCCCAAGGUUCUAACAAAAAGGGGAACCAUGGGGGAGGUGGAUCGUUCAGAACACCGGCACCGCCAUCCAAGGGGAACCCGGCCUUCAGCGGGCACAACUCGGGCUCCCAAGCCUCAACGACGCCCAGGUGCAGGAAUUGCAACAGGAGCCACGCCGGUAAGUGUCGUGAUCCACCACGGUGCUUCCAAUGCGGGAGUACAGGGCAUAUUAAACCAAAUUGCCCUCAACUUGGUGGGAACCGAGGGGCGGGAUCAAGCGGCGCCACCACGGCGAGUAGGAGCCGAACCGGGGCACCUCAUGCUAGUACGGGGCAAGGGGGAGCGAGCACGAGCAACGCGCCGUCCGUGAAUCAGGGGAGGUCUCAAGCACGGGUCUAUGCGAUGACCGAGGCCGACGCUCGGGCUAAUCCCGACUCCGUUGCAGUUUCAGGUAGGGAGUAGAGCUUGCUACUACCGCUCGUUGCUUCGGGGAAUUCAAGGAGGAAGGCGUGAUGCCGUCGAGACAGAAGCACACUAAAGGUGCGGUCGCAUGUUCUAGCAGGGGCAGUGCUUCCCGGUAUCAACCGAAGUUCCCAUUGGAAAAGGACGAGAUGAAGUAUGUGGAGAUUCUACCAAAGAGUAUGGGAACAUUGUACCACCCCGACGAGGACACACUUAAUGCAGCGGGAGUGCGGAAUGAGGUGAUGCAACUACUAAGACGGAGAUGGUGGAGGCACCUUUUCUUUGACAUUAGAGAUCCUACCUAUAGGGAGAUAACAUGUGAGGUUUUGGCCAGUUUGAGGAUGCCUAAGGUUAUUCCUAUGGAUGACAACCUCCGGCCCGUCAUUAGGUUCCGGGCAUUUGAGGAGGAUCAUGUCAUUUCUAUGUCAGAUAUUGAGUAUCAUUUGGGCUUUACUCGGAUUGAGGACAGUGGCCAACAUGAAGUCGCGUUGAUAGACCUCCCACCCGGCGUCAACCGCCAAGCUUUCUGGGAGUCUAUUUCUACAGGGGGUGAAGAGUACAAGCCCAAGAAGUUCCCGAGCACACUGCAUUUCCCACGACAGUACCGGAUUAUUCACGCCCUUCUCUCCUCCACUAUCACCGGCAAAGCCGAGGUCGCCGACAAAGUCACCUCUACGGACCUCUUCUGCUUAUACCGUAUAACACACAACCGCAAGCCUCACAUGGGCUAUCUUAUUGCCAAACUCCUCCACCGCCAGUCCACUAACCACAUCAAGUCCAUUUAUGUUGGCCCCUUCAUUACUAGACUUUUGAGCGGGAUGGGCUAUGGAGAUCGUUUUGUUGGUAUGGAGGAGAGCUCGAGUUUUCUUCCGUUGACCAAGCUUCCCGAGGUCAAUCGGGAGUUUCUAGGAGGAGAGUUCGGGUGGAGCCGGCAGCAGCGGGAGGAGGGCAGCAGGCACCCCAGCAGGUAGGCAUUCAGAUGAUUGAGGGUGGCAGGGCAGGCCACCAAGAGCAUGAUGAUGAGGAGAGCGACGAGGCGAUGGACAACGCUGCACAGGACAUUCCAUAUGUGCCACCCUCCUUCGGGCACACUUAUCCCGAUACAUGGGCAUGGGUGCAUGCACACCAGAACGACAUUUACCAUAGGAUAUCUACUGAGCAGAAUGACAGAUUUGAUCAGUUGCGCUUUGAGCAGCGGGACUUUUACCGGGAGAUGAGGGAGGAUCAGCACAUGCACUACACCGAGCUGCGUUCACAUAUUGAUGAGCGCCUCACUUCCUUGGAGACUAAUUGGCGCUUGUUCUUUGAGGGAUAUCAGCCACCUCCCCCUCCUGAGCAGUAGAUAUUUUUAGAUGUCCCCCUCUAGCUCAUGUACUUUGAUACUUGUGUUGGAUGACUGUACUCCUAUUUGCACUGUCACACUCACUCACAAUUAACUCUUUACUCUAACUCUUUAAUUUACUCGCUUGUUGUAAUAAUGAUUUGAGUUGAUUUUGAACAUGUGUGAUCCUUUCCUCUUUAC